AUGGGCAGCGUCAGCAGCCUCAUCUCCGGCCAUGGCUUCCACAGUAAGCACUGCCGGGCCUCCCAGUACAAGCUGCGCAAGUCCUCCCACCUCAAGAAGCUCAAUCGGUAUUCAGACGGGCUGCUGAGAUUUGGCUUCUCCCAGGACUCGGGUCAUGGCAAGUCCAGCUCCAAAAUGGGCAAGAGUGAAGACUUCUUCUAUAUCAAGGUCAGCCAGAAGGCCCGGGGCUCCCACCGCCCCGAUUACACUGCACUGUCCAGCGGGGACCUAGGGGGCCAGGCCGGGGUGGACUUCGGCCCGUCCACCCCACCCAAGCUCAUGCCCUUCUCCAACCAGCUAGAAAUGGACUUGGAGAAGGGUGCUGUGAGACCCACGGCCUUCAAGCCGGUGCUGCCACGGUCGGGCGCCCUCCUCCACUCGUCCCCCGAGAGCGCGGGCCACCAGCUGCACCCCGCGCCUCCAGACAAGCCCGAGGAGCAGGGGCUGAAGCCCGGCCUGUGCUCCGGGGCGCUGUCUGACUCCGGCCGGAACUCCAUGUCCAGCCUGCCUACUCACAGCACCACCAGCAGCUACCAGCUGGACCCGCUGGUCACACCGGUGGGGCCCGCCAGCCGCUUUGGGGGCUCAGCCCACAACAUCACUCAGGGCAUCCUGCUCCAGGACAGCAACAUGAUGAGCCUGAAGGCCCUGUCUUUCUCCGACGGGGGCAGCAAGCUGGCCCACCCGAGCAGGGCGGACAAGGGCUCCAUCCGUUCCCCCAUCUCCACGGACCAGUGCACCGUCCAGGACCUGGAGCAGCAACUGCUGGAGAGGGAGGGUGAGCUCCAGAAGCUGCACCGCAGCUUUGAGGAGAAGGGGCCGGCCGCCAGCCAGGCCUACGAGGAGCGACCGCGGCGCUGCAAGGACGAGCCAGAGGGGCUGGAGCCCAAGGGCAAGCUGAAGGCCGCGGCACAGAAGAGCCAGCGCGCCCAGCAGGUGCUGCACCUGCAGGUGCUCCAACUCCAGCAGGAGAAGCGGCAGCUGCGGCAGGAGCUCGAGAGCCUCAUGAAGGAGCAGGACCUGCUGGAGAGCAAGCUCAGGUCCUAUGAGAAGGAGAAGACCAGCUUCGUCCCUGCGCUGGAGGAGACGCAGUGGGAGGUGUGCCAGAAGUCUGGCGAGAUCUCUCUCCUGAAGCAGCAGCUGAAGGAGUCCCAGACGGAGAUCAACGCCAAGGCCAGCGAGAUCCUCAACCUGAAGGCGCAGCUGAAGGAUACGCGGGGCAGGCUGGAGGGCCUGGAGCUGAAGACGCAGGACCUGGAGAGCGCGCUGCGCACCAAGGGCCUGGAGCUGGAGGUCUGCGAGAACGAGCUGCAGCGCAAGAAGAACGAGGCGGAGCUGCUGCGGGAGAAGGUGAACCUGCUGGAGCUUCAGGCCCAGGCCGCCCUGCCGCGGGGCCGGGACGCGGCCGCCCUGGGGCCCGCCUCCGCCGAGGACGUGCCUGCCCUGCAGCGGGAGCUGGAACGGCUGCGGGCCGAGCUCAGGGAGGAGCGGCAGGGCCACGACCAGAUGUCCUCGGGCUUCCAGCAUGAGCGGCUGCUAUGGAAGGAGGAGAAGGAGAAGGUGAUCCAGUACCAGAAGCAGCUGCAGCAGAGCUACCUGGCCAUGUACCAGCGGAACCAGCGCCUGGAAAAGACGCUGCAGCAGCUGGCCCGCGCAGAUGGUGCAGGGGAGCCCUUUGAGAUUGACCUCGAAGGGGCUGACAUCCCUUAUGAGGACAUUAUCGCCACCGAGAUCUGA